AACGGUGUAAAGUUUGGAAAUCACGUUCAACUGACAUUUCAUUAGAAUAAUAGUGGUGCUGCCACGUUGGACAAAAACCAAUUGGGCCAUAUUUUUCCAGAUAACCGAUGUUUUUCCCUCACAGCGCACCAAAUUCUCCCAAAAGUAAUAAUUACAAUCCUGAUCCGGAAGCUGAAGUUCUGUGGGAGUGGGAUCGCAUGCCAGGCGGUGCGGCUAGCAAGCCCGCAAAGGGCGAAAAGGCGCCCCUUCAUAGCAAAAACAAAAACGCCGACAAAGAUGGCAAAGAUGACAACGUCAUAUCGAAUUGUUGUUGUUGGUGUUUAGUGAUUUUGACAAUUCUUACGGCAUGUUUAUUGUUUAUUUGUUUAUUUCUCUUACACCAUAUCAAGUAGGUUCAAUAUGCAAACUUAUACUGUAUUUAUGUGUUUUUGAAGUAUUUCUACUGCAUAUUCAUACAUUGCCAAAAAGUUGUUGUAGGUGAUAAUUGUUGGUGGUGAAGAGGUGGCCAAAAUUAUUAGAUACAUAUAUUUAUUAAUACAAUAAAGAGUGAAAAAUGUCAGAUGGUGCCAAAAGUCCACGUAUUACCUCGAUUAUCGAAAAUCAGUUGUUCCGGCGUCAACGGAGCAUCAGACAAAAGCAAUCCAUUGAUAUACCCGAUUUUGAGAAGACCUAUGCCGUAAUAAUUUUCUCGGACAAGGCCAAAUUGCGCCACUGCCAAGAUGUGGAAAAGAUAAUACAAGAAUUUAAAGUGCUUACAACGCUUGAGGUUAUAAGCAAAACAGAAAAAUACCUCUAUCUGUCUGCAACUACGGAUACACUGCUACGUUUCGCCGAUGAGGCCGAACUGAGUAAGCUCACCAUAACCGGCAGCAUGCAAAAAUUCAAUUGUGAUUGCAUAUCCGAUUAUUUGCUGCCUGGCAUGACACCUGCGGAUAUUGUGCGUGAAUUCGAGGGCCCGGUGCUGAUUAAAGAUAUCGUUAAACCAGCUAUACUAUCCUAUAUAAAAAAUGGCAUAGUUGAAGAUUUCUUCCCACUGCACAAUAUUGAGUAUUUAGAUCGAUUUGCAUUUGACUGGCGGCGUCGCCAAUUGCCCAUUGAAGAUAUAUGCAACUACUUCGGCGCAAGCAUCGCGCUCUAUUUCGGCUUCACUGAGUUCUACACGAAGGCGCUGAUAUUUCCCGCCAUUUUCGGUAUGCUGCAAUGUGUGUGGAAUGUGAAUUUGUCAUUGGUUUGCAGUUUCUAUGUGCUUUGGACAACGAUUUUCCUGGAACUCUGGAAGCGCAAGUGCUCUGGCUAUUCGUACCGUUGGGGUAAUAUCGAGAUGAGUAGUCUGGACAAACCACGUUCGGCUUACCAUGGUGUACUUAAACCGGAUCCCAUAACGGGCAAAAUGAUGCUGCAAUAUCCCAUGCGCUACACUUAUCUGCAAAUGUAUUGUGUUUCGUACCCUGUAGUGCUAAUGUGCGUGGCAGCGGCUUCUUAUUUUGCGCUCUAUCAGUUUCAAAUAGAAGCUGAGGUGCUGGCAGAUUUUGGUCCCGACUCUUGGUUACUCUACAUACCCGUUAUCGUACAAUCAAUACUCAUAGCUAUUUUCUCAUGGGCUUACGAGAAGUUAGCCACCUUCUUGACUGAUCAGGAAAAUCAUCGCACACGCUCUCAAUACGAUCGUCAUCGUGUGAAUAAGCUAAUGCUUUUCGAAAUUGUCAACAAUUUUUUUUCGCUGUUCUACAUUGCAUUUGUGCUGCAGGAUCUGAAGCAGUUGAAAUAUCAAUUGAUGAUGCAGUUGCUCAUCUUUCAGAUUGUUUGCAUUGCACAAGAGAUUGGCAUUCCGCUCAUGGCCGUGGUGCGCCAGAAAUUCGUUAAGUAUAUGCAUAAAGAAAUCGACGAGGAAGUGAAGAAUAACGUCAGCGAUUUGGCACGCUACGAACAAUGUUUCUAUGAGGCUGGACUCGAUCAAUAUCAGUCGACCUAUGAGGAUUACCUGCAAAUGUGCAUACAAUUCGGUUAUGUGGUGUUGUUUGCCGCCGUAGCGCCAUUUGCUGCUCUCGGUGCUUUAAUCAACAACAUUUUUGCCAUGCAUAUCGAUUUGUUUAAGCUCUGUAACAUAUUCAAACGUCCGUUCGGCAGGCGCGCAAAGAAUACGGGCGCAUGGCAGUCGGCUUUUGAACUACUUUCGGUGAUGGCGAUUCUAAGCAAUUGCGGUUUGCUUUAUUUGCAGCCAAAUGUGAAAGGUUUCUUCUCCAAACUGUUUCCACAAAUGCCUGACAUCACUUUUAUACUCUUCGAACAUCUGUUGUUGGGUUUAAAAUUCGUUAUACACAAAGUGAUUCAUGAGCGUCCACGUUGGGUGCGCAUUGCUUUGCUGAAGGCUGACUACGAAUCUGACGAAGCUUACAAAAAACUGAAAAAAUUCAAGGCGCUCAACAAAAUUGACUAAAAUUAUGUGACAUUUUGCUAAACAGAAUCUCCUGAAAGUGACAAAACUGCGACAGUUUGAGCGCAGCUGUAAUAAUUGUAACCAAUUGAGUGCUAGUGGCGAACCAGUGAUGUUUUAAAUAUUUUUUUAUUUAUUUAUUUUUUAAAUCUAUAUAUAUUUAUUUUGAUAUAUAUGUAUUAUCUUUAUUUAAAUUGAUUUUUUUUAUUUAAAUUUA